AUGGAAGUUUGUGUACAAUAUGCAAGUAGUUGCGUUACUGUAAUUUUGGCUCAGCCUUCGAAGAAAAUGAAAGGUCAUUCCAAUUCAACGUUGCCUCCGGGAUCAGUUCUAAUACAGUCUGGCCAGGCCAUUUCUCAGACUUCUGGCAUAGCUGCUCUCCAAACUAACAGUGUCACAAGUGGUCCACAGAAUCUCCAAGUGUGGACUCCGUCACCAUCUGGAGCUAUUACGGUUUCGGGUAUCCCAUCAUCAAGGAGUUCUGCCAACUUGGUUACUCUCCCCUCUGGCCAGACUGUAUUGAUGGCUAAUUUGGUAACAACGGCUACCACAGCACCGAUUUCUCUUUCAACAUCUUCAAUUGCUAAACAGCAAAUCCAAGUCCCGACGGGUCUUCCACCUGGUGGGCCCAUUGUCAUAUCUAAUCCCAAUUCUGCUGGUCCACUUGCUACACAGCUCACGAAUCCUACUGUCAUACAAGGUCCUAACGGUCAAAUGUCGGUGGCAUUGCCAGGUGGAAUAAUAAGUAGCAAUACAUUAAACUCAUUCAAUAGUUCAUCCACUGCCUUUGUUUCAAGCACAUUAGGAAACAUAUCUACCGAUCAACCUGUACAUAUCGCUCAGAUUGUUGAUAAUCAUUUGCGUCCAGGAACGGCUUGUUUCACAACAAAUGCUGGCUUUCAGGGAAUAACACCUAUGAAUCAAGUACUUUUGGACUCAACAGGUUUUAAUCUUGGCAGUGCUCAAACACAAAACAAGUUGAUUAAUAUGUCGUCCAUCAGACCUCCUGGACUUGUGUCUUCUCCCAUGCAACCAGUUCACCCUGGUAAUUCGUUUGUUGCAGCUGGGAAUAUUCCUAGAGGUUUGUCUGUCAACCUUUCUUCUGACAUCACAAAUUCGCAGUCAAAACCAUCAGUUUCUCAACCAAUCAUUGUCUCUACUUCAAAUUUGCCUGUUCAAGAAUCAGUUAUAUAUCCAGUUCAAGAUGAAUGCUCAUCGGCAAUGCAAAAUUGUACUUCUACUUCGGGUCCAGUUACAACAUCUGUGGUUGAUGUUAGCUCAACUAACAAUCCAUCUGUUUCAACUGCUGGGGUUACUGUCGUCGAAAUACCUUGCUCACCUGAAAAUGGUCAAACAAAUCUCAACUCAAAGUGCAUCACUGAUGAGCAAACCAAUUCCGUUUUCACAUCAAGUUCCUUAUCUGAGUUGUUGACUGAAUUUGAACCUCAUUUGCAACUAGAUCCUGAUGUUGAAGAGGUUAUAACUAAUUUAGCUAAUGAAUUUAUUGUAAAUUGUGCAGAAAAAGCUCAACAACUUGCUUUACAUAGGGGUAUAUCAAAUGUUGAAGCAAAAGAUGUUGUAUUUUGUAUGGUUUAG